CCGUCGUUCAUCAGUCCCUGUGUCUCUUGGUGGGAGAAGAAGCAGCGGAGAACAGCUGUGGGAGCGGUGAGAAGCUGGUGUGUGGCAGUCAGUGCGUUAUGAGCUGUAGCGUGUGACGCUUGUUCGAUCGUGCCGAAGGUGCUGCGAAGUAGUUCCGUCACGAGUGUUCCCGUCACGUACGGUUAAGAUGGGGGUCUACGACAACCUGGACUCCAAGUAUAACAUGAUGGGCGCGUCGAGUUUCUCGAAACUCGCCCCGAAGCGGCCCAACACCGUCGUGUUCGGCGCGGGCCCCAGCAAAGUGCAGAAAACGAGCGAGGAGGAGGCGGCCCAGCAAGCCGCGAGCGUGCCCGAAAAGGACAAGGAUGCGAACGGUUUCCAGAAGUGCCGGAAGUCGCUGCCGGUCUAUCGUCACCGUAAAACACUGGUGAACAUUGUGAAGAAGCACGAUAGUCUGAUCGUGAUCGGGGAGACCGGCAGCGGCAAGACUACGCAGAUUCCGCAAUUUUUACUCGAGGCCGGACUAGCCUCGCUGGGGUGCAUCGGUAUCACGCAGCCGCGCAGAGUAGCGGCGGUCAGUAUAGCGUCAAGAGUCGCCCAGGAACAAACGGUUGAGCUGGGGAAGUUGGUCGGAUAUUGCGUCCGUUUCCAGGACGUCACCUCGUCGCAGACGAGAAUCAAGUAUAUGACGGACGGCAUGAUGGUGCGAGAGGCGAUGACCGACGAAAUUCUAUCCGACUAUUCGGUGGUGAUACUCGACGAGGCACACGAGCGAUCCGUACACACCGACGUUCUGUUCGGGGUGGCGAGGCGGGCGCAAAACUUGCGAAAGAUCAAGAACUUGUCGCCCCUGAAACUGAUCAUCAUGUCGGCGACGAUGGACGUCAAUAAGUUCAUCGAGUAUUUCCAGGCGCAGGUGGUGUACCUUCAGGGUCGUCAGUAUGAGAUAAAGGUUUACCAGACCGUCUCCUCGUACGAGAAUUACUGGCUGCCCGCAUUGGCCACACUGUUUAAGAUACACCGCGAGACUCCUCCGAACGAGGAUAUUCUCGUGUUCUUGACUGGUCAAGAAGAGAUAGAGUCGGCCGUAACGUACACCCGCGAGAUGGGUAAGCAGCUGAGCAGUGUCGUCAAUCAUCCGCCUCUAACGGUUUUCCCAUUGUACUCGGCGUUACCCACCCGUCAACAGUUGGAGGCUUUUAAACCGUCACCGCCGGGAGCGCGCAAAGUAGUAUUCUCGACCAACAUCGCCGAAACGUCCGUUACCAUUGGUGGUAUUCGCCACGUGAUCGACACCGGUGUCGUCAAAGUGAGGACCCAUCAUCCGAUGACGGGGCUGGACAUGUUGAAGGUGGAGAAAAUCUCGAAGGAACAGGCCAGGCAGAGGAUGGGGAGAGCCGGUCGCGAGGCACCCGGCAAGUGCUACAGAACUUACACGCAAGAAGAAUACGACAGGCUGGAGAACACGACAGUGCCCGAAAUCAAACGGUGCAACCUCGCGGGAGUCGCUCUACAACUUCUCGCUAUCGGCAUCGACAUCACCACCUUUGAUUUCAUGGACAAACCUCCCAAGGAGGGUGUGGACGUAGCCGUCAAGUGUUUGGAGAAACUGGGCGCAGUUAGAGGAUCUCAGCUAACCACACUGGGUCGAACGAUGGCACGGUUCCCGUUAGAUCCUCGAUUCACCAAAGUGAUCCUUGCCUCGGUGGAGCACAGGUGUUUGGAGGAGGCACUGACGGUUAUUGCUUUACUAUCGGCAGAAUCGGUAUUUAUGGACUCGGCUGCGAAGAGGGCACAAGCUACCAAAGCGCGCGAACGCUUCGCCUCGCCCGAGGGGGAUCACGUAACGUUGCUGAAUAUAUUCCGCCAAUACCAGAGCACCAAGCAAAAGAAGAGCUGGUGCCACGAGAACUUCCUGCACUAUCGGAAUCUGCAGUACGGCUCGGAGGUGAGGCAACAGCUCGCGGCGUUGGCGGAACGUGCGAAUUUGGAGGGCGCGAGCUGCGGCACGAAUACGGAACAGCUCAGGAGGGCCUUGCUCGAGGGUCUCCACGAAAAUCUCGCGGAACUGCAACGGGACGGGACGUACAUCACGAUGUUGACGAAGCAGCCGGUAACUAUACAUCCUUCCUCGACGUUGCACGGCGGCACGAAGCCGCCGAUGGUGCUCUUCACGGAAGUGGUGGCCACCAGCAAGUGUUACCUGCGCGGCGUGUCUGUCAUCGAGCCGGGCUGGCUGACUGAAAAGAACACCGGCAGGUGCAACUGACGCAACCCUUUUUCUGCCCCCGGCGUUAUUUAUACGGUGCUUAUUUUUAUUAAUGUUGGGUAAAGCGCGCGAAGCGAUCGAGGCCGUCGCGCAAAUGGGACGGCGCUUUUCGAAUGACGAGAAAUCAAGUAGCCCAGAGUCUCGGCGCGUAGCUUCGAGAAGUCGGGAGUUUAAGGCAAUUGGUCGUCGGAUAAUUAUCGUAUCCUCCCGUUUAUAUCCGGAGAUCUCUAUCGACUCUCGCUCACGUUGACAAUCUUAUUGAGAUGAAGAGGGAGGGAGAGGGAGAGAGGCCACUUUUUCGCUAUUUAUAUACUUUAAUAAGAUGAAAAUAAGAUUGUUGUUACGUGUGUCGUUAAUAAAGAUAUUUUAAUCGUUUUAUUUAAA